UGCUACUAUAAACAAAAUCCAUCAAAAUACAUAACAAGACGUAACGCAUGUAACGUGUAUUAAUGUUGUAAAAGAUGGCUAAAGUUUUGCAAUUUGCUUUCGGCGGACUACGCAGAAUAAACAAAAAUAUUAUUACCUCUGCUUCACGUCAAUAUGUAAAAGCUGCCUAUGACGCUGACGGCAAAACGAAGGUCUCAAUAUUUAAUACUGAACAGGAUCACGGUCUCAUGAUAACCGGAUUCAGUCAAUUCGGAUUUCGUCUAAAUAAUGACAUGGUAAUAAUGGGUCCAAUGGCGAUAUUUCCACGUUCUGUUCUUUCGUGGAAUGUUUCUUCUUAUGAGGAUAUCAACGAAGAUAGCUUAGCUUUUUUUUGCACGCUUGAACCAAAAAUUGAUAUACUUAUUAUCGGCAUUGGAGAUCAGCCCGUUACACAUGCCCUUUCCAAAGUAAUAAUUGAAUUUAUGAAAAAACAUAAAAUCAAUGUUGAAAUACUUCGUACGGAGCAGGCGUGUGCAACAUUUAAUUUCUUAAACGCAGAAAGCCGUAUGGUGGCUUCAGCACUUAUACCACCUCUUCAUAUUAGCUACAACGAGAACGAUAUUUUGCAAAGCAAACUGCGAAAGAAGGAGCUUUACGAAACGGACUAAAAAGCCAUUGGCUAGAAAAAUAUUUAUGUAACUCGUAUACCAUAUAUUAUUUUAAAUUAGCAAAAAUUCGUUGUUAGAAGUUACUAGUUAGGUACAAUUAAGAGGUUGAAAAAGCCUUAAAUGGAGUCUUGUAAAGGAAUUAUAGGUUUUCAUGCAAUCAAUGGAAGUUUGUUGCCUGAAUAAUUGCUUUUUACAACUUUUGGCUAUAAUGUUUAUGUUAUAGUUGUGUCAGGGUAAAUAUUUUGUGAAAUCGAAUGUAUACUAAAAGUCAAGUCAUCACAAAUAUACUCACUUGAUAGUUUUCGGCAACAUCGCAA